CUCGUCUGAACUAUGCAAUUGUUCUUGUGCCUCAUGACCACAUCGAUAUCGCUAAUGUUGAUCAUGGAGAACGACGCAGCCCCACUAAUGGCACUGUUGGAUGGCACCUUCCUGAAGGGUAACAAGAUGGCAGGAGUACGGACUACCUCCAAAACCUCUAGGCUCAGUAAAAUGUUUAAGUCGAGAAGAGACCAAGACGAGGCUCGAAGAAAGAUAGCCCACGUAGAGGAGCAGAAGAGGAUUGAGGGUUUAUGGGAUCCCGUUCUAAACCAAAGCUUCGACUUCUCUAGUUUUGAGGAUUACGAUAACAUUUCUGAUAUACUACCCACUAGAAUAAGUAAAAAGUUAAGCCCGGAAGAUAUGUUUAAUGAAGAUCAAAGUCGAGCACCGAGUUCAUGGCAACCCACUGUAAAUGAAACCCUUGAAUCUUCCGUCUUAGAGGACUAUCACAAUCGAAGCCUCACGGUAGCAAGUGUAAUCGAAAUGAGUGAGAAAGUGGAUCCGAAUAUCUCAGAAGCUUCUCAACCCAAAACCAGUUUACAAUUCGACGAAUUUCCACAAACUGAAGAGCAUUGGUACCCCAUAUAUAACAAAAGCUCGAUUUGCGAAAGCCCCAACGCAUCAUCAGAGUUUCAAAACCAAACGGAGGACUUUAACUUUAAGUUACCCGGCCUGAAAAACCGUUCACCACUGGAGAGCUACAUAAUUCGCAGACCUGAAAUAAAAUGGCCCAAAGGACCAGGCCUAUUUUUACACCUGUACAUCAAUCGUGAAGUAGUGUAUGGGAAGGAAAAUUACGUUUUCACAACAUUGCCCAAACUGGGCAAGAAGGAUUUCGUGCUCAACAUUACGGUGGAUACCAACGACUAUUUAAUCAAUGAGAUCGCCACGGCCGUCAACAUCGAGCACACGGGUUGGGGUUAUACGAAUGACCUAACGGCUCUGCUGCGAAAGUAUGGCAUUAAAGGCAAUCGACCUAGAUACAAGCGUUGCUUUUAUUACCGCAGCACUGCUACUUUCUACAGUAUGAAGCACAAGUACGUUUAUGCCCAAGUAAGUUCCCUGGAAAACAGGCGGCGGUUACUGACAUAUGUGGUGCGUACGAGAAUUACAGUACGGAGACCCCCUCCUGUGACCUGCAUACCCUCGUUGAACUUAGAAUUCUGCAAGAAUCCGGAAGAACCAGUAGUGCUCUCUCCCUGGGGUCACGCGGAAUUCUUCGCCACUAUAGGUGAUGAGUGUCCCCUGGUGAAGUACAAAAAUGUGAAGUGGAUGUUUUACGACAUUCGAGAGAAAAAAUGUCUCGGCCAGGCAAAGCAAGCAGUAGGACUUCUUCUAAAAUUACUGCCAUACCAUCUCAGAUUCCGGAAAAGUCCAGAGGUAUCAACGAUCUUUCUGUUACGGGUGGAAGCCAAGAUAAAUGGGCUCUUUACAGUAGCUCGUUGCUAUGUGACGUACAAAACGCCCCAAGUCGAGCCCCAAAUCAAGGGCAAUGAGCGACGGAAGGUCGACGUGCGAAAGCCAAUUUCCCUCGACGGGUCCAGCAGCAAGGACAGGAUCAAGAAAAAGGAAUCUAUUGAAUCGAAGGAUUUCUUCUGGAGCUGCCGCAGUAAAAACGAUCCAGGGAACAAGUUUUGCAAAAAAUAUAUGUCAGAGGUUCCCUUCUUGAAAUUACCAGCGAAUGCCCUCAAGCCGAAUGCUGAUUACGACUUCUCUUUGACCGUCGCCUCGCGCUUGGACCCGGAGAAUCGGAGGUCCAUAACCCAGGUGAUAAGGGGUACCACCAGGAAGUCCUACACUCCCCAAAUCCUCUGCCGCCGGAACUGCGACCUGGGCGUCUAUGCCCCCAUCGAGAGUGUGCACCUGAUCCCCAAAUGCGACGACUGCCCGGGCAAGAUCAAGAGGUAUGAGUGGUGGGUGCUGCCGGAGGGAGCGGAACCCCACCUGGAAUCGCGGUUCAAGUAUCUGAUUCUUCACCACAAUGAGCCCAUUCUAUCCAUCCGCCUCAAGAUGGUGUUGGCGAAUAAGAGGUGGGUGGAGACCUUUUAUACGCUGCGCCGGAACGACGGUCCUCAAAAGGGGCGUUGCACAAUCCGUCCUUAUUUUGGUCUGGAGAGCACUACGGUUUUCAACAUCGAAUGCCUGGGCUUCGAGUCGCCCUACACCCCGCUGACCUUUCGCUACAAGGCGGACACCGAGGUAGUCGCCACAAAUGUGCCGUACAACAGGUUCAAAGUGACCCUACCCGCCACCAAAAAUCUGAAGAUCUCGAUUUGCGACAACAUCGAUAUGUGUGUGGAGCGGACAGGACGUGUAAUAGUGGUUCCAAUACAUAGCAUCCUAAGAAGUAAGAUUUUCCAUGUAAUGGAGAAUGUGACCCAAUUGCUGCUCCACGGCCAGUGGAACAGGGCCUAUGUCGCGAGUUUGGCUGCCGCCAGCUUGAUAAGGACGACGAGUGAGGCACGUGAGGUCUACUCGUAUGUGCAGAAGGUGGUGGCCCAAACGGGGUCCCAGCUGGAGCAGCUCACUUCGCUGGCCACGCACAUUAUGGGAAAACUGACGCCGGUCGAUUACCGGGGGGCCACUCUGAUGGCAGACAUCUUCAACCAACUCAGCGAUAUCUUCGAGGAGAUCGCCAGGGAGCGCGAGUGGCUGCACAGGGAUGCCUACCACUCGCUGACGGCCAGUCAUAUGUUCUUCAUGUCCGUGCUGGGUCAGAAGUCGGAGCACCAUUCGGUGGCCAUGUGCAAGCCAUACAAUCCCGAGUGCCUGAACCUGCAAAAUCUCGACUACGAGAGGCACUUUGCCAUCGAGUUCGAUCCCCUGAUUCUGCUGCGCAUCAACAGCUGGAUGAUGAACACUUGGUAUCUGUACAAGUGCGUCUACUAUAUUGGAGUGUUGGCCACCCAGAGACACCAUCCCUAUGAUGACGCCUUGUCGGUCCAAGUGGGUGGCAUUGCGUACCAGAUAAAUGUCACUGAGGUAACGGUUAAUGCCAAGGACAUCAUUAUGGAGACAAUAGACCAUAUACACAUUAUCGAACUGUCCAGAGAGCUGCUCUUCGAACUGAAGGCCAGCCUGAAUCACAGCACCAUUCUGUUCCAGACCAUCUCGCAGCAGAACCACCACAAUAUCUUCUGGUGGUACCCGGAUCCGCUGCCCUCGAAGACCAGCGUGCUGGUCAUGCACGCCUACAGUCCCACUAGAUUUUUCAUGAGCGCCAAAGAGGCUGAGUUGGACAAUCCUCUGGUCUACAAGACGAAUAUAACCCAGUUCAACGAUGAGUUCUUCAAGCAGUGGACGGCCAACAGCAGUAUUCGGAAUAGUACCGAAAUUCACAUAUACAGUCUGAUGCUGAACCACAAGGCCAUGUUGGCGGUGCGAAUAGUGAGUUGUUCGGAGCUGAUGUACAUCAAGAUGCGGAUGCACAGGUGGCCCACCUUGGGUCAGAUACGACAGGGGGCCUGUCGCAUAACCCCCGACAUGGUGGGCAAGCGAAUUUGGAUGGCCAACUCGUGCGAACGAAGUCGGGCCUAUGUGGCCAUUCACAGGCCGGGUGACGUGCGAUAUAAGAAGAAACUUAGGACGGAGAAAAAGCCCAAGGGGAAGCGGAUAAAGAAGGAAACGCAGUACGACUACGACUUUGAAGAGGUGGAGGAAAUUCCGUCGACGCGGUUUCUGAACUACUCGAUUCUGCUGGAGAUAUACCAGUGCAACUUCUGGAAGAACCGCUCGUUGGACCCCGGCUGGAGCGAGGACUACUGCACCACCACCUUCGAGCACAGCUCUGGCACCUCCGUCCAGUGCACCUGCUACACCCUGGGCACCCUGUCCUCCCGAAUCUUUCCCAUCUCAGCGGAACUGUUCGUGGAGCACAUACCCAUUCCCGUGCUGCUGUACAACAUGACCAUGAUGCUCAUCUUCAUGAUGCUCUUCCUAAUGGUCAUCCUUAAGUGGAUCUUCAACGCGGACAUCAUCACUGCCCACCUGAGAGAGCCAAGUAUUCUGCAUUGCGAAACGGCCAAGGAAAAAACGGAUCGUUGGCGUGGCGAUGGAAACGAGAUACUCCUUAUAAUAGUCACUGGAGGUCAGGAGUUUGCGGGCUCUACUUCGAACAUAAAGUUCUACUUCAAGUCGCCGAAUCGACCGCAGACCUCGUACCAAAUCACCCAGGACCCCGGGCACCCGAAGUUGCUGCGGAACAGCACCAACAAGCUGAUGAUUCCGCGGGGGAACAUCUACAUACCCACCCGUUUGGCCCUGGGAAUCGGCAGGAACGGAAGGUACCCCUCCUGGUAUUGUCGGUCCAUCACAGUCGUAGAUCUGGAGUUGAAUGUGCAGCAGUUGUUCCUGGUGGAGAGCUGGAUAGAGCGGGGUCACACGAGGUUCAUGCGCUCCAAGUACUUCAGGAUGGGCACCUACAGCAGGACCCCGAAGUACACUUGGUGCCAGCGACUGCGACUCCGGAUCGAGCAGCUGUAUGUCAGCUGGUUCAUGAUCAACCCCAUCACGGGGCCCUGGCAAAGUAACGUCGGCGGCAUCACCAUGAAUCGCUUCGAAAGGAGCUGCGUGUGGAUCUGCAACACGGCAGUUACUUUGACCGUGGUUUCCCUCUACUUUGGACAGUGCAACGUGGAGUCCAUUCAGGAGGAGACGCGCCAGAACAUCGACAACAGCCUCCAGCUCACCCUGGUCGUUGUGCUGGCCUUCUACGCCUUUGUUCUCUGUUUAUGCAUACAUUUCGUCUUCGAAGUCCUCAUUUUGCGUUGGCUGUGGCCGCAGAAGUAAUUUAGGAUACCAAAAAAG